UUUGUACACGACGUAGCUAACCGCCGUUUGAUUAGAAUUGGAAGGUUUAAAAAUUCCGUCUUAUUGAUGUUUAAAAACGUAAUCAAUUGUUAAUAUGGAUGGGACGAAAGAACCCUGGUCAUGAAAGGAAAAAAAUAUCCGCCGUAAACUACACAAUGAAGCUUACUUACCAUUGACUCUUCUGGUUAUACCCGUAUGGCUUAUAGCAGUUGUGAAUAAAUCAUCAUUUUGUCAAAAGUAUUAAAAAAUCGGACUCAAACUGUAAAUAAACCCUUGAUCUCUGCAGUGUUGGGAGUCAGUGAAGUCCACAAAGUCGAAUACAACGGGUUAAGUUACCUCUUCUGUGAUUGGUCCACAGACAAGCAGCCAAUAAAAUUGUCCGACACUGCAGGGUGAUUCGUGGCUUCCACCAAUUGCGUUUCACCAACAGCUGGUGACGCCAAAUUUGUAUUUGUGUCCACGAGCUGCUUUUCUCCGGGAUGAUGGAUGCACUCUCCGUGGUGAGCCAGUUGCGGGAUCUGGCGUCCGAGCCCCAAAACCGAGAGGCCAUCGUGCAGGACCAGGGCUGUCUACCCGGGCUGGUUCUCUUCCUUGACCAUCAGAGCCCAGAAGUGUUGCUUGCUACUCUGGAGACACUACGCUACUUGGCUGAGUUAUCCCCCAACGUUCCCACUAUGAAGAAUGAACUUGGGAUGAUGGUGAGCCUGGAAAACCUCAUGGGAAGGGACAACCAGUCAGUGGACAUCACCAGUUUGGCUAAGGAGGUGUAUGGAAUUCUGACCGCACCUCUUCCUGUACAUCGCACACCUGAGAGAAGGAAGAAGUCACAGUUCUUCAUCAACUCUUCCUACAAGGCCAAGUGUGUCACGUUACACAUCCAGGGCCUGGACAGCGCUGACCAGCGGGGCUUGUGCGAGGAGGCUCUGCUGAAGGUUCGAGGAGUCAUCAGCUUCACGUUUCAGAUGGCGUCCAAGAGAUGCACCGUGCGCAUUCGCUCUGACUUACCCACUGAGAGCCUUGCUUCUGCCAUCGCAGACACAAAGGUGUUGUCGGCCCAACAGGUGGUGAAGAAUGAGGCGGGAGAAGAGGUCUUCAUCCCUCUAAACCCAUCUGUAGCAGAGGUGCAUCAAAUAUCUGCUCUGCCAGACUACCUUCCUGAAGAGGAGGAUAGUCCUGAGAAGGAGGUGGACCGUGCCGUGUCCCGCACCACCGCCAAGGAUGACGCGAGCGGGAGCUGGCUUAACGCUGCGGCCAGUUUCCUCACCAAGACAUUCUACUGGUAAUAGACUCCUCGAAUGCUUGCUGAGUGGACAAAUCCUAAGAAUCCCCACCGAUGAUCUAAUUCAGGUUUUUGGCUGGACAACUGGAUUGGUUUCCUGUAAAUAUUUACUUAAAAUCUGUACUCUUUUCUUUAUUUUUGAACACCAAUGAGUAUUUGCGCAGAUAGAAUAAACGCUGCUCCUCAA